AUGGCACCACACGGAGGACAUAUCCGUGCUUCACACAGCCCAACACACAACACCAGGAUCGAGCAGACGGAUAAGGCGCAUCAAGGGACAGCCUACAGUCCGUGCUUCUUCUUCUUCUCCCUCUUCUCCUCAUCCUCGCCCACUCCGUCAGCCUUGAACCGCCCUCUUCCAGCUCCAGCAAGCAAGCAUCUUUCAUUACCCCCGCCCCAGGCAAGGCGUCUUAGAGAUGCUAUACACAGCAGCUUAGCGUCCAAAAAGGAGCCCUCUGCAGAGUACUUUGCCUUACAAGGCCGCUACCCUCCGCGCACGAAACCCUGCUGUCUGCUCGAGGCCCCUGGUAAACUCAAUGCCAAUUCCAAAAACCUCGACAAGGCCAUUUUAUACCAUAAGCGGAAAGAUGGUGCUUGGCACGACCCAGACCGACCCGAACCAGAACCAGGACAGAGGAACCCUCAACCCAAUCCCCUAGGGCCCCCCAAAGCUGAGCGUUGCUCGGCACUUUCCGGUCCAGGAUUCGGCUCCCUGCUUUUCGGGGCAGCUCCGGUGGUGCUUCAACCCCCGUCCAAGACUCUCGAAACCCUAGUCCUGGACCUGGCAACACUCGAGAGCGGGCACAGUUACUGGCUAGUGGAAACCCCUCACGACCCAGCUCCCAGCUCACAGCUGUGUCUACCACCAGCACCAGCUCCAGCUCGAACCCCAGCCCCGGCCGGCGGGGUAGCAAGAACGCUGCGCUGGGACUCGAUUGGAUUGGAUGAAUUCCUCGCUGGUUUAACCUCGCGUCACCACCUGACAACCCUCGACCCAGAUAUCGUCCACCAAAGUGAAGGGCACAGCACACCAGAAGGCGCAGGCGUAAGGCGCAGACACGAUAGCAUCAACUCUGAUGCCCUCGCUAUCUAUCUGGAAAGCGCUACGCCUCAAAGGGUCAAAAUUUUGACCAAACAGAUGACUGCUACUACCUUAUGUCGAAGCUCAGCUAAGGCAGGUGUUUCCGCGAGAAUUCACCUCAAUGGAAAAGCUUACCUGGAGAUGUGCGGCCGCCUUUACUUCUUCACCCACCUCACACAAUCUGCCCUGCGAAUUUCCAGCCUACCUGACCGUUACGGAUACCUUGCUUUAGUCCCCGUUCUGGCCUACACUACGAAUACGGAUACAGAUACAGAAACUCCAUAA